AUGGAAGUGUCUCAAAUUUCUCUUGAUUUGCUAAUACACAGCACAUCAUUAACCAAUGUAUAUUUAUGCCCAACCCCUGUGCUUCCAGGGCAUAUUUUAAUCGCCCCCAAAUCAAGAGUCCGUAAUUUAUUUCAGCUAAGUGAAGAUGAAACAUCUGAUUUGUUCAGAAUUAUAUUGAGAAUAAACAAUAUUUUAGAAAAUGAAUAUCAGUGCAGUUCACUUACUCUUGAUUUAAAGGACGGAGUAUAUAAUCAUUUAUUUUUUAGCUUAAUUCCAAGAAAAUUCAAUGAUUUAGAAGAAAAUGACGAAAUUUAUUCAUUGCUUGAAAAAAUGGAGCUAGUGCAAGAGAAUUCAGGGCUUAAUCAAAAAGCUGAAGAAUUAAGAAAAAUAAUGAUUCAUUGUGAAGCUUAA